GAAGCUUUGAUUAAUGUUCCCAGACCGUCCCCCCCCUGCCAGGGUGUAUUGAACCAGCCAUGGAUGAAGAAGAGUGUGUGACGGGCGUGGCGGGCGACUCAGCCCACCCCCUCCUGCGCGCCGUGUACCUGCGGCGCCUGCGCCUCACCCGGCUGCUCCUGGAGGGCGGAGCCUACAUCAACGAGAGCGACCGCCACGGCCAGACGCCGCUGAUGGUGGCGUGCCGCACGCAGCACGCCGACGGCCAGAGCGCCAGCCGUGGCAAGCUCCUCAAGUACCUGCUGGAGCGGGGCGCCGACCCCAACAUCCAGGACCAGGACGGCCGCUCCGCGCUGAUGCACGCCUGCCGCGAGCACGCCGGCCCCGAGCUGGUGGCCCUGCUGCUGGCCGGCGGCGCAGACCUCGGCCUGGAGGACCAGAGUGGGACCUCGGCGCUGGUGUACGCCGUCACCGCCGGCGACCAGAAGGUCCUGAGGCUGCUGCUGGACGCCUACAAGGGCCAGGGCAAGGAGGUGAUCAUCAUCACCACCGACAGCGUCCCCAACGGGAGGGCCCGCGCCCGGCAGUACCGCCAAGGCCUGGCGCCCCACCUCGCGCUGGACGUCCGGGCCUCCCAGGCGCCCGCCUCGCCCUCCGAGAUCCAGAUCAUCACGUCCCCGCUGGGCACGGGGCUCGGGUCGGCCUCGGGCCCCCACAAGCAGGUGUUCUCCUUCAAGGAGAACCAGUGCUUCGCGCGCAGCGGCGGCGGCGGGAAUCACUCCAACCCCUGCUCCCCGACGCGGCUCCGGGACCCGGGGCCGCAGCAGAGGCGGCGCUGGCCCGGCCGCCUGCAGCAGCAGCCCCUCCUGAGGUUGAACUCCGAACCCUGGCUCAAGAUCCCCGCGUCGGCGGGUUCCUCGCGGGUUCCUCCGGCCGUGGCCGAACCCCCGCCCUCGUUGCCGGAGAACCGCCCGUGGGAGAGCGGCCCCCCCAGGGUGGAGGUCUUCCACGGGCACCCCAAACCCGACGCGUCGGACACCGGGAGGAAAGCCAGCAGCAGCAGCAGCAACAGCCACAACACCUACCCCCCCGCCCUGGUGAGCUACGACCGCCCCAGAGGUCCCGGCAUCGCCAUGGUGACGGACGGCCUGAACCAGUCCAACCAAAGGUCCGCGGCGGAGAAGAGAGGAAGCCAAGCUGGGGGAGGGGAGGAGGGCGCCGGGGAGGAAGCGCUGGUGCGGGGGGGCGACCCCAAACGAGGGCAUCACACCAUCUCCUUACCGGGCAUCAGCUCCCCCCACUCGGCCUCGCACCCCAACCUCCACACCCCGCAGCACCCGGCCGGGGGCCCGGGCCCGGGCGGCGCCGUCUCCCCCUCCGCCUCCUUCUGCUGCGGCAAGACCCACGGCGCGGCACUCUCCGGCCUGGACAGCAUCAUCCACCGCCGCAAGCUGGGCGCCGACCACUACGCCUCCGACCCCCAGCUCACCCUGAAGACCGCCAGCCCGGAGGAGACCCAGGAGAGAGCCAGACCUCCCCCAGCCGCCGCCGGGUGCCGGCGGCUGGCCACCUUGCGCUCCUCCACCCUGGGGGGCUCCGGGUUCUCCGCCUCCAGGGAGUCUCUGGAGGGGCCGGGCCCGGCGGCCAGGAGGGCCGUUCCGUGGUUUGAGCGCCGGGGGUCCGGGGCCUUCCUCCUGGAUCAGGGCUCGGGGCAGUACCCCCCCCGGAGCCUGCCGCCGCUGCAGCUGAGCCCCCAGUACAACCACAGCCCGGCGGGGGGCGGGGGCAGGGCGGCUCGGACCGCCGGUCACGACCCCCCCUGCGAGAAGAUGUCGGGCCUCAAGACGUUUGUCCCCUGCGCUCCGCCCGGACCCCCCAAGGAGGUGAGCCGGAGGGCCUUGUUGAGGAGGCACUCCAUGCAGAGCGAGCAGCUGAAAGCGGCCUGACCGACCGGGCCCC